AAUCUGAUCCGACAAAAGCUAAUUUUGGCUGUGCACAGCAGGACAGGACUGCAGGGUCGGCGUUUUCUCGCGGAGCUGCCCCCGGUAAUGGCGGUGGCUCGUUCGCUCCCCUAGGCCCCGGCGCCACCCCCGCCCCUCCCUCCUGCCCCCCUGCCGGGGGUGCCGUCCUCCGCAGCACCGCACGCCGCGCGAGCUCGCUUGCCGCGCUUGGGAACGGGAACGGGAACCGGCGCCCGCGUUGGCUGCCGGAUUGAGUCCGGUUGGGAGGUGAACCCGAGCAUUCCUCUCGUUUCCUUGGCCUGUGGCAGAGGGGUCCGGAUCAACAUCCUGACAAAUUGCCUCGAACCGAUGGGGUGCUGUGGAAGUAGUGCUGUAGAUGCUGAGGAACAUCUGGACUACAGCGCCGGGAAAGUGACUAUCAUACCAGAUCUGAAGUGUUGGGAACGGAAAUUGGACGAAGCGAAUGAACUUGGGCAAACGGUUGUGGUAAAAUUCAGCGCGACUUGGUGCGGACCGUGCAGGAAUGCUGCUCCAUUAUUCGCCGAGCUCUCUUUGAAGCAUUCUGAUCUUGUUUUCUUGUCCAUUGAUGUAGACGAACUGCCGGAACUGGUCACCCAAUUUGACGUACGAGCAACUCCAACGUUCAUCUUCAUGAGAGACAAGAAGGAGAUCGACAAGCUGGUCGGGGGCAACCAGGAAGAUCUCCAGAGGAAGUUCGAUCCAUACUGCCAGGAGAAAUGACCGAUGACCAUUAAGUCUGUCAGCAUAGCAUCAGAACGAGCAUGGCCAAACACCUGAUCGGCUGAAACGGGAACAGCUCAGAAUAUUUGGCAACCAGUCGAUGACCUCUCUGGGAUCUUCAUAGUUUCGAGGAACUGACCAGCGGAAGUAGGAUUUCUGUCUAGUAUAAUGUAAAGUUAGCUAGUGUCUGAAACUCUGCACCACAUUGUUCAAGCAAUUCAUACAGAACAAAAAUUGUAACGCCACUUACGACCACAUGCCUCCCUCUUGAUCCCUCCCAUGAGUGGUCAUCCAGCAAAAAAAAA